AUGUACGAUUCGACCAUUAAUUUUACCUUGGAUACCAUUUGCCCCUGGACUUAUUUGGCAAAGAAGAGACUUGAUGAAGCCCUUAGAAGAGUCCGCUCAACCUCCGCCUCCGAAAAAGUAACCUUCACAAUCCUCUACCAACCCUACCAACUCUACCCCGAAGCCACCCAAGAAGGCGAAGACAAAUACGCCUGGUACAAGAAAUCCAAAUACGGGGACUCGGAAGAAAAAAUGAAAAUGUACACCACCCUAAUGUCCGCGUACGGUGCCUCCGCCGGCAUCGCCUACAAAUUUGGCGGCACGGUCGCCAACACCUUACAAGCUCAUCGAGUCGUCCAGUAUUUCCAGGAGAGCAAAGGACCGGAGACAGCUGAUAAAUUGAUUAAUAGCUUGUACAGGCAGUAUUUUGAGGAGGAGAGGCAUCCGAGUUCGAGGGAGACGUUGAUGAGAGCGUGUAGCGAGGCGGGGAUUGAAGAAGAGGAGGCGAAGAGGGUGGUGGAGGAUGAGGGGGAGGGGUUGGGGGAGACGAGGGGGAAGAUUAGGGAGCAGGUUAGUAAUGGGGUUGAUAGUGUGCCGUUUGUGGUGGUCGAGGGGCGGAGGAGGGAUUUGACAAUUCAGGGAGCGAAUGAGGUGGAGGAUUAUGUUAAGGCUUUGGAGCAGAUUGUUAAGGAGAGUACGUAG